UUGUCAUUUCAUUGGCUUCUCCUUGCGUACAUGUAUAAGAUUAUAGAGCUCACUCUUUCAAGACGUAUUGGUCUGGUUAUCUUCUCGCGCCACAGCAAACAUGUUUGGUGGACACAUAAUUUUUGGAACACUUUUAGCUGGUUCUCUCUGCCUCCAUCUGGUCUCUACGGACACUUGUAGUGCUGGAGCGAUGCCUGGUUUGCCAGGUAUCCCUGGAUUUCCUGGACGUGAUGGAAGGCAUGGGAUGAAGGGAGAGACAGGAGAUCCUGGGAUUCCUCUAAAACCUUACGAAACCAGGAAAAAAGGAGAAAAAGGCGAGACUGGACUCAAAGGAAUGCCUGGAAAGAGGGGUCUCCGUGGGGAUUUUGGCGAAAGGGGACCAAAUGGCCCCCAAGGACAGCCAGGGGACCCAGGCAAUUUAGAGAAUUCCAAAUCUCACCUGCAGUCUGCAUUCAGUGUGUCCCGUGGUACAAGAUUGCCUCCCGAGCCCAAUACUGUGAUACGCUUCACUAAUAUUAUCACUAAUCCCGAUGGCCAUUUCAAAACUGACGAGAGCAAAUUUGUAUGUAAAAUUCCUGGCACUUAUUAUUUUGUGUUUCAUGCAUCGUCCAAAGAAAAAAGUCUGUGUGUAACCCUAAUGCAUGAUGAUAAGAAGGUAGCUAAUUUCUGUGAUCACUUGCAAAGGAGCAGCCAGCAGGUGAGCUCUGGUGGACUGGCUGUUUAUCUGAAUGAGAAUGAGAAAGUCUGGCUGGUGACAGGUAGCUAUAAUGGCUUGUAUGCAGAAGGGAAUAAAGGCGACAGUGUUUUCUCAGGUUUCCUGAUUCAUGCACACUGAUUGAUUGUUGCACUGUUUUGAACUAUAAAGUUGAACAUUGAAAAGUAUUAAACACGGUAUGAUUACUUAUAAGAAAAAUGUACACAAUUACUUAUUGAAAUCUACUGAUCAAAUAAAAUAAAAUCAUGCUUCAGUAAA